AUGUCUGACGUAAGGCUCAUCGUCAAGAAUGCUCGCCAGGUGGUGCAGGUGAGGAAGUACCCCGUCCUGAAGGUAUGUGGAGAAGGGAUGCAACGGGUAGACACACUGCAAGAGGAAGGUGGAGACGGGAUCAGUGUCGUGUCAAACAGUUGUGGAAAGAUCAUAUUUAUUGGUAAAGAAUCAGAGCGGAAACAGAAAUACAUCGAGAGUGAGAGUACCCGUAUCAUAGAUGCUUCUGGGAAAUGCGUGUUGCCAGGGUUUGUCGAUGCACACACACAUCCCGUAUGGGCUGGGGAUCGUGUCCACGAAUUCGCGAUGAAGCUUGCAGGUGCUACAUACAUGGACGUUCACAAAGCUGGCGGAGGGAUACAUUUCACUGUAGAACACACGCGUAAAGCGUCAGAAGAGGAACUAUAUCACGGAUUGAAACAAAGACUUAAUUCAAUGCUAAAGACGGGGACUACAUUAGUCGAAUGUAAAAGUGGUUAUGGACUGAACAAAGAGACGGAAGUGAAGAUGCUAAAAGUUAUUGAAAGGGCGAGAAGGGAAAUGCCAAUAGGAAUAUCAUCUACAUUCUGUGGUGCCCAUGCUGUGCCAAAAGGAGGGCAUCCAGAAGACGCCACAAUUGACGUAAUUUCCGUCCAGUUGCCCUGUAUUCUAGACAUGAUGAAGAAGAAAGAGCUAGCCGUCGACAACAUAGAUGUGUUUUGUGAACAGGGAGUAUUUGACAUAGAUCAGUCACGUCGUAUUCUUACCGAGGGCAAGAACAUGGGUCUUCAGAUCAAUUUCCACGGGGACGAACUUCAUCCAUUAGAGGGAGCUAAGAUGGGUGCAGAACUUGGGGCACUUGCGAUAAGUCAUUUGGAGGAGAUCUCUGACAGUGGAAUAUCUGCUAUGGUGGAAGCAGGUUCCAUCGGUGUCGUCCUCCCUACAACGGCCUAUAUUCUGCGACUGAAACCACCCCCGGUCCGGAAAAUGAUAGAGUCUGGGAUGGCAGUUGCUCUAGGCUCGGAUUUUAAUCCAAAUGCAUUUUGUUCAUCGAUGCCACUCGUUAUACAUCUGGCAUGCGUGUUAUUGCGCAUGUCAAUGCCGGAAGCAUUGAUUGCAGCCACUUUAAAUUCCGCUGCCGCCCUGGGAAAGUCCAACACCCACGGGUCCCUUAUUGAGGGAAAGUGUGCCAACAUGGUAAUCAUCGACGCUCCGAGAUGGGAACACAUUAUAUACCAGCUUGGUUUCCAUGACAAUCUCAUUGAUUUUGUUGUUUGUGACGGGAACGUCGUGUAUGAAAAGUGA